AUGAGGUUUUUAAGACCCAUUACAAACAGCACUUAGCAGAUAUUCCCUAUAGAUAAGGCACUGGGUUACUGUAUAAAAAGCCAGAGGUUGCUCUUCAAGAAACAGGGAACAAGGAAAGCUCUUUCUGGUGUGGAAAAGGAUCCGACUCGCCGGAUAGAUUUGCCACGAUGAUGGUUAAGACUCAGACCUUCAGCCUGGUGACUGUUGUCUUGCUUGUGGCUGUUGGCAUCACCUUUUCUGCUGAGAUUCCUCAACAACAAGGUGCUCAAGAUGACAGUUUGAACCGCCAUGUGGACUUGGCCGCCCAGACGAACCCACCUCCCCCCGGUGCGGCCCACUUUGAGGACUGUGCAACUCUCUUCCCUCUACUCUACUGGACCAACACAGUCCACGAUGGAGUAUUCCCCAUCAAACCUGAGUCUAACACCGACCACUUUGACGUGUUCUGUGACAUGACUACAGAUGGUGGGGGCUGGACUGUCAUACAGAAGAGAUUCAGUGGGAGACUCAACUUUGUUAGAAAGUGGGCAGAUUAUAGGAAUGGGUUUGGGAAUGUAGAGGGGGAACACUGGCUUGGACUGGAUAAGAUACACAACUUGACAUCCCAUAAAAGCUAUGAACUAUAUGUGGAAUUAGGAGACUGGGAAGGUAACUUUGCCCAUGCUAAAUAUGGUACCUUCAGCAUUGGUGAUGAGAGUACAGAUUAUACACUACACGUUGGGGGGUACAGUGGGGAUGCUGGGGACUCUAUGGCGUACAGUAAUGGUAAGAAAUUCAGUGCUAGAGAUAGGGACAAUGAUGUGUGGAGUAGUGGACACUGUGCUCAGGACUAUUCAGGCGCCUGGUGGUAUGGCAGUUGUGGUAACUCUGCCCUGAAUGGUCCCUACUACCACCCAGAGGACUAUCAUGGUUCUGACACAGGGUAUGGUGUUCUCUGGCGUUACUGGAAAGGUUACUACUACUCACUGAAGGCCACAAAGAUGAUGAUACGGCCUAAAAACUUUGUCCGCAAUCUGUGACUUAAGUGACAAGAUCAUAUGUUCAUUCAAAAAUAAUGUUGUAAACCCUUUAGUGAAAGAGAUGUGUGAACACAUGAUUGUAUUCUGUUUCCUAUUAUGAUAUUCUUGAUCGUACAUGUAAGCUACAAAUUAUGUAUUAUCAAGCUAUACAAAGAUGGGCCAACAAUGAACAUGUGUGAGUACAGUAUCUAGUAACAGUUACAGAAACUACUGUAGGUCAUGUAACUGCACCUGACUGUACUUAGUAGGCAUAUUUAGGUGGUUGUUGGUGAACAAGAUAGAUCGCACAACAAUAUUUGCCAGGUGAGCUCAGUUUAAUUCCUACAUGUGACUUGUGGCUCAUAUACAUGUUAAAUUCAAGGACUUAUGUAAUGUAUUUUAGAGCGAGUUUCUUCAAUCAAAAAAUAAUCGCUUUA